CAGGAAGUGGGUUCUUUCAACGUUGCCUCGUCCAAGGCCUGCAGCAACCUUAUAGACCUCCACAUAUCAUUGUUGUCCUUCUGCCACGAACCAACCAGCCUGCUCAGAGAGUGAGGCUAACGCCAGCUUAGCUGCUGCACCGUAUGCGUCUGCUCCUGCGCCUGCGUGUGUUAAUCAAUACCAAUCCCACGCCUGAUUUCUAAAAAAGAGUUCCUGCGUGUCUACUGAUUGUCGUGGCGUGCCUGCGGUCGAGUUCAGCUCCUCCAUUGUAUGGGCUUUUGGUGCGAGGAAUCCGAGCAAACCCUCCGUGGUGAUUCGCAUGUCCUCUCUCUGACAACAAAUUUCGACAAAUCUCGAGUUACAUCUCACUCAUACAAACCCGCUGGGUGGUACCACGUCCGACUUGUCUCAAUAUAGAUCAAGAAACCUGUUCAAGCAUGUCAAAUGGCCACCUGGUACGUCGGCGGGACGGAGAUGUCGCGCUCCUCGAGCGAUUCAUCUCUUCCUGGCGGCUCAUAUCGACAACCUCGUCGAUACUUUGACAGUAAUUCAUACCGCCGCACUAGUCAUUCUGGACUCUCCCAACUGCCGGACGACUUCGAAAUGCUUCAACCAUUCAAACGCCAUCGUCACACCAAUCAUUCUGAAGCCCUCGACACUAUGGAUUUUGAGCAAACUUUGACUCCCCCGUUUUUCAUCAUCAAGGAAGCGACCAUUGGACCUCGUGCCUCUGGCUUCGACCAGGUUGUCGCCGGAUCCGUUGCGAAUUCUCGCCAUCUGAAAACCACGACUUGGCGUGGAAUGCCUUGUGAGGAUUACAGGCGAAGAACGUUGGAUUCAACCGAGAUGAAGCAUUCGUCGCACACAAAAGAUAAAAACCACGAUGAAGCGGCCAAGCUUGUGGAAGCCGGCCUUGUGGGUUCUCGUCGUCGAGGCAGGCUCGCCCAGCACGAGAGGAUCUUGCGGAGCCUCAUCUGCCCCAAGUCACCGGAGGCGGAGUUUGACAUUGACGACGUAGCUCUACAAGGCAUCUUCUACUCGGUGAAUGAGCUAUUCUUUCAAGGAAGACUGAAGGGUCGCGUCUCUUGGACAUGGAGGGAUCUUCCGAGCUACCUCAUCGGCACGACGGCGCUGAGGAAAUCGCCUCUUACGGACAGCUACGAAACACUAAUCUUUUUGUCACGGCGGAUCCUCAAGGACAGGAAAUACAACCGGCGACUGCUCAUAUCGACCUUCAUUCACGAGCUUAUUCACAGCUAUCUCUUCGUUCUCUGCGGAUUCCAGUCCAGAGAAUGUGGCGGCCACACCAACGGAUUCAAGCGUAUCGCCGAACUGAUCGACGAAUGGGCCGGACCGGACCUUCUGUUUCUCUGCAACAUGGAAGCAGAGCUGAGCGAUUUCGAGACGAAGGUCGGGGCAAUGCCGAGAGAACCGGCUUUCGACGGCUGGGGGAUGCCUUGGUCGCACGACGCGGUAGCAGGGGAUUACAUUGUGCUGAAUCGUCCGCAAUGCAGGUUGAGGCCUGCUGCACGUUUACUGGAUCGGGGAUUACGAUGACAUGACCUGACCUGACCUGACUCGACCUGGCAUGUAGGGCGCCCCAAGGCCCCGGUUCCUCCCAACAACUCUGCGGCCCGGAGGCUGCCCAACGUUACCCCGCAUAGGGCUAGACUCUUUGUCUUGUCCAUGUAUUCCUCUCCUUUACUCCCUACGUAUGUAUGUAUCCAUG